AUGAGGUCUAAUGACUUGGUCUUUGGGAUUUUCUUCCUCUACCAGACUGCCUUUGGCUUUCUAGGAAACUCAGCAAUGCUGAUGGUGUAUAUUAACAUUUUAAUUACUCAACCCCAGCAGAAGAAAACCGUAGACCUGAUCUUCGCCCACUUGACCAUGGCCAACACUGUGACGCUCCUCAGCCGUGGGGUCAUCGAGAUGAUGGUGGCCUUUGGGAUGAGGGACAUUCUGAAUGAUGCUGGGUGUCAGAGUCUCAUGUACAUUAACAGAGUGUCCCGUGGUCUUUCCAUCUGUAUGACUUGUCUCCUAAGUGUGUUUCAGGCCAUCACCAUCAGUCCAAGAACCUCCUGCUGGGCCCGGCUCAAAUCCAGGGCCCCCAACUACAUCCUCCCUUCCUUUCUCUUAUUCUGGAUCUUCAACAUGCUGAUCUACAUCAGAGUGAUUACCUCCAUUCAAAGCAUUAGAAAUGUCACCAUCUUGGGGCAUGGCUAUGUCUCAAAAUACUGUUUCACUAUCCCUAAUGGGAAUUUUAUACACUCGGUUACCUUUCUAUGUGCCAUGACUGUCCGAGAUCUCCUCUUUGUGUUUCUCAUGAGCUGGGCUAGUGGCUACAUGGUGAUUGUGCUCUACCGACACAGUAAACAAGUACAGCACAUCCACACACACAGUCGCUCCCAAAAAUCCUCUGCAGAGACCAGAGCCACCCACACCAUCCUGCUCUUGGCCUCCUGCUUCGUUUGUUUCUAUUGUACCAGUAGCUGCAUUACCCUGUAUGUGUCAUAUGCAGACCAAAAAGAUCCCGAUUUGGAAAGUGCUGCAACCUUCUUCUCUGCCUGUUACCCUGCCCUCUGCCCCCUGGUCCUGAUCAGCAGUGAUCCGCGAGUCACCAAGAACCACUGCAUCCUGGGAAAGAACUCACAUCCCUCCUUUUCCAUGAACCCUGCAGCUGACCAGGUCAUUGCCAAGAACUAA